AAAUCAACCAGAUAAUGCUACAAAUAUAUGUUGUUAUCAGUAUGAUCUCUUGAAUGAACAAAUUAAUCAUACAUUGAAUUUCGAAAUUAAUUAUGUUAUUAUUGUAAACACACCUAAUCUAUUCAGAGUUAUUAACCCAGUCAAACAUAAUUUGGAAUAUAGACCUUGCAGACUUCAAUUCCUCUUAAGAAAUAGUCGCACUUUUACUGGAAAUCGAUGGGAAUUGAAUCCAUUUCCAACACGUAUAUUUGCAAGUAUUCAUUGUUCUGAUGAUGAUAAUCCUAUUCUUUUAAACAUUCAUAAGAAGUAUCCAAUUUUAAAAUCACUAGAAAAUGAGUCUCAAAAUUUAAAUACCUCUAUUGGUUAUGUUAUUGUCUAA